GUGGCUGGCAGUGGUAACAAUUCAGCCACAAAUAUGGAAAGAGUACUAGUUUCUGGCAAUGGAAGAUCUAGUCAACCAAAGACUCAAAAUCGUGACUACAAGGACAACUUAUGGUGCACUUAUUGUAAGAAGGCACGCCAUACGCGUGAGCGGUGCUGGAAACUACAUGGAAAACCACCAAGUCGAGAGUGGGGACAGAAGGGAGAACAACCAAGUAAUAAUGGUCAGGCCCAUGUUACAACAGUACAACAAAAUGGAGCAACACUGCAAGAGAUAGGCAGUCUUAAUCAAGAAGAAGUUGAGAGGGUGAGGUCUCUUAUUUGCAACCUUGACAAACCAGCAGGUACUGGUUCAUUGGCGUAUUCAGGACGAGGAUUCGGGGAGGAUGAUUGGACAUGCUAGAGAACGGGAUGGACUCUACUAUCUCAAAGCACCAAGUCAAUCAAACAUUACCAAAGGCAAAUCAUCUUUUUCUUUUGUCUCAGAAGUUUUUUCAUUCAAUAAAGAAA